AUGGGAGAGCAGAUACGUGUCGCCAUAAACGGAAGAAGACAAGCCUGCCAACUAUGCUCCUCAACCCUCCACUGGACCAAUCACUGCCCAAGUCACAGAAUACAACCAACAGCAUCACAAGAACCAGCCACGCCUGCGGAACAGCAAGAAAUAGUUUCUUCGACAUCAAAAACUACGCCCAAAAACCAACCCUCAACACAAGAACCAGCGCUACUCGCCCAACCAGCUACAACACCAAGCAGUCAACAAGCAGCUCUAACAAAAAAAAACACAGAGACAAAGCCCAAUGAUCAACCUACAGCACAGGAUAAAGCAACACCUGUACCACAACCCCCGACACCAAGCAACCUACAAGAACCUCCAACAAUGGAGGCAACAAACCUAGCAUCAGAAAUGGAAACCAGCUCGCCAAUGAAAAGGAAAAGCUCAACCAGCCCCACUGAACUAGGGAAAACAACUAAAGAAAAAAAAAGGAGAUGA